AGGCCGUCAGUAGCCUUUAAAACUCAACAACAACAACACCUGGAGUUUUGUGGGGUCGAGACUCAGCUCCUGGCCCCAACGAUUACUCUCAAAAAUCAAUGUCCACUAUGAGUAGUGCUGGUCACCAUGACACUGUCUUGGCUCACAUCCUCACCCAGGAACACAAUUCUCUUCCAUCUUUUUUAAAUGCUGUGUUUGGAUUUUUGUCGCGACAUUGCCCUUUAAUACCUUUCAGAGAAGAAAUGUAUGGCAGUGCUCACAUCUCUGGAGAACACCUCAUCAGUCAGUCAUAUUGUAAGUGGCGGCAGAAAUACUUGGAUGAUAAAGCCUCACAGUCUCUGUUGCCUGAGCGAUGCAAGGAGGAGGAUGUGCCAGUAGCACUUUCCGAGGAAGUUGUUAUAUCCCAUAAUAGAUUGAAUGGCAGUCAUGCAGUAAGUACGGGCACAGCAGACACUGCUUCUGGUGGUUCUACAGCAUCAUAUCCAAAUUCUUCUGGGCCAUACAGUAAAUCCAGAAAACAUGAUAGCAACUUUGAUACAACAAAUGGUGCUGUGAGGGACUCUUAUGCCUGGACACAGACUAUAGAAGAUAUGGAAGUGAGAGUUACUGUACCAGAUAAUGUUUUAAGAGGAAAGCAGGUUAGAGUGAUCUUACAAGCGUCGUUUAUUGAAGUGGGGGUGCAGGAACCAGGUCUGGUGUGGCACACCCUUCUUAAAGGCAAAUUAAUCCACAAUAUCAAAGCUGAGGAGUCUUUGUGGUCUCUGCUUCCUGGUGAACAUAUAUCAAUUCACUUAGAGAAGAGCGAAGAAUGCUGGUGGGAUAGGCUCAUGUCAUCUGAAGACCCAAUAGACCUAAAGAAGAUCAGUGCAGAACGUGACUACGCUACACUUCCUCAAGAAGAGAGGCAGAAAAUUCAGCAACUUGUAUGGAAUAAACAACAGCAAGACCAAGGAAAACCAACUACUGAUCAACUCAAAAUGGAAUCAGUGCUCCGUAAGGCAUGGAACAUAGAGGGCUCUCCAUUCCAGGGUAAACCUUAUGAUCCUUCAUUAAUCAACUUUACUGCUGGAGGAAGUUUUGGAAAAGGAUAGCUGGACUCAGAAAAUAGUAUGCUUAGAAAAUUUUCUCUCUAUAUCUGCCUGUAAAGUAUCUGAGGACUUGCCUUAUAGCUGUUUUAAAGUACGUACAUAAUUAACACUGAUUCCAAAUAAAAUUUUAAUCAUA